AUGGACUCAAAUCACGAGGACGUCUCGCAACUACGAGGCCCUGCAAAGCAAAACCCGAACGAGGAUCUUCUUGGGGACAGAGCGAGCGAGCCUGACGAGGGUGAAGAAGGGAUAGUCGAGGAGCCCAAAGGCGUUCAGCUCUUUGACUUUGACGCAUACGGGAGAAGAGUUGGAAAGCAGAAAUAUCAAGCCACGUUUGGGAGCUCGACUGAAAGCAGCAGCAGUGAAAGCAGUAGUAGUUCAGAAAGCAGCAGCACAACGAGUAGCAGCAGCAGUGAGAGCUCGGGAACUUUUGAAUUUGACGAUGAAGACUUUGACGAAAUUGACCGACUUCGACGGGACCGCCGAUCGAAGGCGCUUGAUCCCAUGGAUCGGCGACGAAUGUGGGAGUCAUCGUUUUUCAUAAACUCCUUUAUGAACCUCGAAACGAAGGACCAGUACUUCUUUUACUCAAUUACUUUUGGCCACGUUAACAGAAAGAGAGUUAUUCGUGGCUCGCUACGCCGCCGUUUUCUGUACACUCCAGGCUAUAGAUUGGGUCCGGGAGAAUACCGCCCUCUUGCUGCGCCGCUGGUGGUCUGGCCGCUGAAAGUCUUUUUGCUUCCGUAUAACCAGCUUCACAAUUUUUGCAUUACAGUAGAGCAGUGGAAAAUUAGUGACUUCUCAUUCAACAGCCUGUACGCAUCUGCACGCCUUACCCUGAAGGAAAUAAUUGACAUGGAGCCGGAGUUUCAGCUUCUUCUGAAGCGCAGACUCCCGGGCAGUAAACGUAGCUAUGAAGUGCACAAGAUGAGAGUAUCUCUACAGCUAAAUGAAGUCUUUGACGUCGACAUGGUGUUUGACAGCUGGUGGUUCCUACCGGACAAGAAAAUGCCGCUCAAGCUUCAGCGCCACGCAAAAGCUCUGUCUCUCAACGUUCCUAUUCAAGGAAGAUCUCUACGACGUGCCGUAUCCAGAACUCACACAAGCACGAGCAAUUAUUGGUCCUACGCUGGAUUCUUCUCUUUUCGCGGCACACUACCAUCUUUGAGCAAUCAAUACAUUGUCGUGACAGUGGCGUGCCAGUUUGAACACCAGUGGUACAGGCCACCACUACAGCUCGGGGUUUGCAUUAUGUCACUGAAGUCCGUUACGACGUAUCCACUUUUUAGAGGUGUCGUCAAGAAGCUAACGACGAAUCCCAAAAAAUUUCAACAAGGCGAAAUAAUUGGAAAUAUAAGAUGUUUCGUUCGGUCUGUCGGGGUUUUGGGCUAUGAGAACGUACCUUUUCGACCAAUGCAGACAGUGGCAGGUACCGCUCUUGUUACUCAACUAAACUUGAAGGAACAGUAUCUUGUUGUGAGUUCCAACCCGAUGGUAAAGGUGAAAUGGGAUGGAAUGGUUAAUGAGGGGGCGAGGAGAGAAAACACGCUCCGCCCAGUGUUCAACCAAAGCUUUUACUUUCCAGUGAGACUCUUAGAUCCGCGGGAACGAACGAGUCCUCUUUUUCGGAAGUAUACACUGCCUUUAGAUUUGUUCGCGAAGGGCCAGUUGUCCUUCGAGGUCUGGGAUUCAGACGACACAACGUCUGACUUUCUUGGAGGGGCGGACAUAAGUCUUCAUCUUCUUUGGAAAGAAGGCCAGCGCGACACAAGGAGCCUUGCUGUGGGAGUUGAAGAAAGUGACGAAAAGACUCGGUUACCUGACGGCAGGCCGGCUGAGUUUGCAAAUAGGGACGCUUCUGACUAUUCAGGAUUUGGCGAGACUGUAUUGCCAGAAGAUGACAGAGUUGUGGUGCCCCCUUAUGAGUGGCCGUACGAAACUUUAGUGCUGAAGAGAGUGCUUGAGCUCAAAGGAUCUACUUUGCCUCAAGUCAGUGGCGAGAAAAGUCUGCUAUGGUGUGAAGUGUUCUUCAUUCCACCGAUGCCUGAAGAUGUUGACAUGCCUCCACAGCCCAUCGUGAAAAACUCAAACGACAUCUGGAUGCAGGUAGAGCGCCGGUGGAAUAAAGAUUUCAGACGGUGGCAAAAAAUGUAUUUGCAGUGGUUUCCCGAGGCUCCGAAAGAGAGACGGUUUGUCAGCGUUGCGGAACAUGCCCAGAGCCGCUUGAUAUUCCCACUGCCGUCAUUUGUGGUGCCAAUUGCCGUGCCAGCACAGCUGGCUGUGGAAGGAGAGCUGUUGCAUUGGCUGAGCAACAUCUCGUACCUGUUUUCACCGAAGCAGCUGCGCGAAGGCGAGUUCCAGAGGUGGCAGAGUCCUGCCUCUCUUCUCACUACCCGAAGGGGCGGCGUGAAUGACCACGCCGUCCUACUGUGCAGCUGCCUUCUCGGUCUGGACUAUGACGCAUACGUUUGCAAAGGCACCAUCGAUGGAUAUGCUACUGAUCAUGCAUGGGUCAUGACUCGUCAUGCUGGUGGAUGGAUAGUGUUUUGGGAGCCAACGAAUCGUAAACGCUACUGCCUCCCAUACAGGUGGGGUUAUCCAUCGAAAGGACCGCCGGAGAACUUUCAGCCGAAGGAACCACUAGAAGAUGCUGCUGAAAAGUAUUGGGAAGGGACAUAUCUGGAAGAAUGGUUCUCGUGGAUUGAGUCCCAAGCAGCAGCUGCUGCUGAUGCGGCCCGCUUGGCGGCAGAGGGUGCAACAGUCCCAGACUCUGAAAUUUGGGGAGAAGAUGUAGCGCCAGAUGAAAGGCUAGACCCAGAUGCGGUCAUGCUGGAGGAAGGUGGCACAUUUACAGAACAAAACAGCCCCGAAAAGUCUAAACGGGUUGUUCCAAAGCUUGAUAAGACUGAGUUGAGAAAAAUGAUGCAGGAACAGCUAGAUAAACUUCCCAUCACUCCUUUUAAGGAUCUGCUGAAACCCGAGUCUACUCUUUCAUAUGUGCCUUAUAGCUCCAUUGAAGUCAUUUUUAACAACUUCCAACUCUGGGGCAAUUUACAAAACCUUCAUCCAGCUUGCAUCACAUAUGAUUUCGAUGAUUUGUGGAAGUGGCGUCCUCUUCUCACGGAACCCGCAGACCCCAUUGAAACAGACAUCAUCAUUGCCACUCCUAUCCGCGAUAAAAAAUGUCAGCUACUCGCUGAAGAUCUAGUGGGAAACGUAGUUGAACACAUUCGUAUGCAGCGCAUCAAGAAUGGAAACGACGUCUCUUUCGAGCAUCGGGAAGAGAUGCUGUCAAAACUCUUAUUUUACUUGGAUCUUCUAGAGUUCAGACUCCACUUGGACGAGGCCCACAAUCCCGGUCCACCCCCAAGCCACCUUGGUUGGUCCAGUUUUCCGGAAGAAAUGGCGGAUGCAACUGCAUCCGUUAAGGCUGACUAUGACUUUUUCGAUGCAGUGCAGGCUCCUAAUAUUCCGAAUUUGGGAGAGGGUGUCGAGCCAGAUCCAGUAAUUCAAGGCGCUUUGCAAAUGAUGGGAGAAGGUUACAGUGACUUCCAGGACUUGUUUGCUGCGAACCCUCCACCGGGAGGCUUUUACGAUCCGUUUACUGUGACAGGCGAGGGAACUUAUGUUGCACCCGAGGAUGCCGCACGAUUGGGAGGUCAACAAGGAGGAUAUUUACAUUUGCAGACACCCAGAGCCCCAUCUGGUCCUCCUGUCUAUGAAGUCCCACUCAAUCCCAUAGAUGCUGCUACGGCGGCUCUUGUAGAUUAUGAAGCAGAACGGCGCCGGGCAGAGCAAGAGGAGGCCAAGCUAGUGAAAGGUUACAUGGUUGGAGGAGGCAACAGCGGGUGGAUAGACAAAGCAAAGAAAACACCUGGGGGAGAGGGCGUGAUUAAUUCAGGUUUUCGUUUCAGCACGACUCCUCAAAAUGCCGCGGGCAUCCCAUCUAGGUCCUCCAGCGUUGCGUCCUUCAACUCAUCCGCAAGAGCUCAGCGUACACAGGAUUUUCUCAAUCAUGGUUGCAACAAAGGUGCAGCGCAUCGCACAGAAACACCUAGGGAGAGCAGGCGGUGCAGGCUGCGGAAGCUGCAGUGCAUGCUGCGGCAAACGGCAGCUGAAGGUUUCCGCCUUUUAUGCGGGGAGAAGAAGCAUCAGCUGACUGGCCAGGCAGAGGCAGAAAUGAGGUCUUUCUUUUCUGGUGCCACAGCAGCGGCUGCUGCGGCAGCGAGCGGCAAGGGCUGCAACACAGACGCUCUGCGAGCUCCAGUAACGAAUAAUACCUCAGUUGACGCGAGUGCGGGAAUCGCGGCCAGUGGAGGGGUGUCGGUAGAACAUGCAGCGGGUCAAGACACCUCUACACACUUGUUGCGUAGUCUUGCACAAGGUUGUCAAAUUCUCGCUCAGGAGCUUGACCAGCAUAUUCGAAGAUCAGGACUACAGCCUUUUCUUUUCGGGAAGACCUUUGUCUCUAUGUGGAUGAAGCGCCGCGCGGGUGUGCCCUGGAGGCGUACGGCGACUUCAAUGAAGCAAAAAGAGAGACGGAAAAAGCGACAGUACGAAUUCGUAAAGCCGCCGACCGGAAAACUGCAUUUUGCCCACGCUGUUGUGGGUGGAAAAACGAGCCGCUUUGCUGGUGCUGCAGGCGGAGAAGCGGAUGAGCCAAAGCAUGCGCAUCUGCUUCUCAAGGAGGAGUUGAGACGCAAAGUGUAUGAACAGAUGGAGGCCCGUGCUGCUACGGUGCAAGCGCAGCAAGUCAAUGAGGAAGCCAGUGCUAUGUGGGUACCUACAGAUGGUGGAGGGACAGUCACACAGAUGCGUGUAUUCAAGAAGGGCUUUGACAGUGAGCCUCCAUCCAGCCAUGGAUCUUACCAGACAGCUUCAGAAUGCGAGUCUUCCGACUCAGUGCCAACAGAGGCUUAUGUUUCUCCAAGUAGCAGCGCCAGAAGCAGCAGCAGAGGCAGCAACAGCAGCAGAUUAAGCAGUGAAAGGGCAAGCGUGGAAGAAUUCAUGAACGACGUGACGUCAGAUGAGUCAGCGGCUCCGCUUGGCAGGUACGGCAGCACAACAACGUUUGAAACGCUCUGUGGCAAGGAGAACACCCCAUCAGAUGCCUCUUCGGAGCGAAAGCGAAGCAAUCACACAUCAGCGUCUCGAAACAUCAACGAACUGAGGGAAAGACGCAUCAAAGGGGCUAAAUUCCAGUGGCUUGCUGGGUAUUCCGCAGAGGAACAGGAAAGAGAGGCAACAGUGAUGCGUCAGCAGCAGAAGUCUCACGUUGCACUGGCGAUAAAUUCUGGCAAAAGGCAGCCCUUGCAACAGCAAGUAGAGGCAGGUGGGCGGUUACAUCAGUUGGAAGGAAAACCUCUGGUCCGUUCAACGUUACCAGUGCAACGUAGAGGACAGAGGAAAAGUGAAGGAGGUUCGGUGGAAAGCGUGGACUUGGAGGCGCUCCGAGCUCAAUCCUUCACAAGCGAGAGGGGCACGUUAGAUUCCUUGCCGGAAAGCGAUUUGUGCGAGCCGCUCCCUUCCAGCCAUCAGGAUAGACAAAAAGCUUUUGGCGUUUCUUCGGUCAGUACUCUGAAGAGGCGGGUUUUGCGCAACCGGGAUAAUUGCGUCAGUAGAAGGGCCUCCAGUAGCUGUGAGUCUAUUACGGCACUUGCUGAAUCUUCUGUUCCAGCAACAAAGUCAGCACCUCCAGACUACAUCGAAAUGCUCUCUAAAGCAUCGGAAGAGAGAGUUACCGCUUUGGCUGAGGCAACAUCCAGUGCGGAACGACGUGAAGCUGAACCGCAGGUAGCAUGCAUGGAUAAUGAGACGAAAACAUGCCAUUAUAUGGCUGAAGGGGGAUCAUGGACCGGCGUAUCUAUACGUAUGAAGGAAGCGUAUGCGUCAUGCUUGCAUAAAGCAAGGAGGUCGUUUCUGCCGGGAAAUUUUCAUUCGGCGACAACGUCUGCCGUCGCAUCAGGGAGAACGGAGAACCCACCAGCGGGAACUUCGUCGCUUAGGAAUGGCGCAUCAGCAGUCUCACCUCCGGCCAUUCCAGUUAAUCGAAUUCCAUCUCAAAACCUAGUUAAGGAGGGACAUUGUGUAAGAGAAUCUGCGACUAGGGUUGGUAAACGUAGAGAGAAGGCGGUCAAGUUUGAGACAGAUGAAGAGCACGGAAUGAUGCUUGAUAUUGACUACGACCAAGUCCAACGGAACUGGAAUUCAUCCGAAAAUACUGUCUCUGGGCCUCCUCCAGCUCCAGAGGGAAUGAUAUACAACCCGCUCACGGGGGUCAAUGAGUACAGCUACGCGGUUACAACUACUGGAGGACAACCUUACGGGAAUAUGGCACUAGGAGCCACGCAGCAGACAAGCCCCGUUGGUGGUGUCCCGCUAAAUCAAGGUAGAAUUGCAGGUGGCCGGCGGCAAGGCGCAUUUCGCGUUAAUCCGACCACAGGGGAAAGGGAAUACGUCGAUGGCGGAGGGAUGGAUCGCAUUAGGCAAUUUGGUGCUACAGACUUUAUGGAUCCUGGGGCUUCCUCCCGUCCUAACACGAAAGCAGAUGGUCUACCUCAGGGGUUUGAUAUGAAAUACGCGAAGCAGAAAUACGAGGCGGGCACACUCGCAGGGAAGGAUCCUGUAAUGCGGGGUGGCGAGAGACAGGUGGAGGCAAUGCAGCUUGAACGCGAGACGAAGCUUUUAGAUAUGGAUCCGUACGGAGAGCUUCUUGAGCCACCAAAGUCGCCCGAAAAGGAAUACACUAGCUUUGACGGGGGUGUUGACCUUGUCAAAAUGGGUUUGGCUUCACCAGGACAGACGCGUACAACAUUAAAGAAGAAAGGGAAAGAAUCGGCGGAUGAACAGGAAGCUGUAGAGGGGAGUGCAGAUUUUGCAGAGGCGAGUUUCUGUCAUUGA